UGAACUUGGCGCAAAAUAUAUGCCUUCUCUCGUAGAGAAAUUUCGAACCUCUGACGUUCCUUGGGGCUCAGCAGCUGUAAUUCUGAACGUGAUCAGCUUUACGUUUGCAUUCCGUGAUUCCUUACAUCCUUGGCGCGUUUUUUGACGCGUUUUCUGGAAUUUGACAGACCCUACUUUGUUCGAUUUUUGCAACACUCGGCCGGCCAGGGUCUAUCUGCAGUACAAGGCAAACGCAUGAUCGUAUCCAGGAACAGCUUCAAUCCGAGUACUCAGUCUCUCCAAGUCAUUGCUGAAGUUUGCCAGUUCUUGGCGACACUUCUUGUUCUCGAGGGCACGGAAAAGAUUACUGAAGAUGAGAAGAAAAGCCUUAAAACGAUGCUCUCAGGGCGGCUUCGCGGUAUGCCUCCUGUAUUUGCCAGCGAGACUUGCGAAAGGUGUUUGAACCUUUUAAGCCCCGACGAGGAGUCUCGAUUCAUGGCAAAUUCGGUCGAAGGUAUGCUCGAGAAGGCCUUGAGGCAGUGCGGGGGAGCUGGUUGUGAUCGUGAGACCCAAAGCGAUGGUUCUGCUCUCAUGCAAUGCGGAAGGUGCAAGUGUGCCGUUUACUGCGGAACGCAGCACCAGAAGCAAGCCUGGUCAAUGCACAAGUCUAUAUGCUUUCUCUCGUCCUUCUAGCAGCUGAUUCGAAGAGCAUUACUUAGGAAGCCGCGCCGCCGGAUCCGAGUCCCGCAGAGAAAAUAGCACUGGAAAACUGCGUCUAUUCAAAAGUACCCCUCUUUAGAACAAACUUUACAAUCAUAUGGUGCUGCUACUGUAUUUACGCGGUGUUGCCGCGCCGGCCGCUGAUCUAGUAUUAUCCCUAGACAUGGCUGGAUAGUGGUAUUUAGUUUGUUUGCCA